GUCCGUUGGUAUAGACCCUAAGAAAUUUAAAAAAAAAUUUGCUGUGGGUAUAAACUUUCACCUUUACAAAUGGAUAAUCCGUUGGUAUAGACCCUGGAAAAAAAGAAAAAAAAAACCCAUCUACAUCUGUAGCCACAGCAGCUUCAUCUGACUAAAAUUAAACUCAAUCUACUCAAUCUCUUGCUCUACUGUUACAAAUCUCUAAAGAAAUUCUAAUAUAUGUUGGAAAUACACAAUUGAUAAAAAAAAGACAUGGAAAACAGAAAAUAAUGGAAACGCAACUCAAAUUCAUGUUUCAUCCGAUGAAGUAUAAUAAUCCUGCCCUCUUCUCAACAACCAAACAAGUCCUAGACACAGGAAAUAAACUCCAACGCCAAGGGAGAUGCCAAAGUUGCCUCUGCCAUGAAGCCAAGCUCUUCGACGCCGAUGAUGAUGAUGAUGAAGAACUUGGCUGCCUAGAAGAUCCUAGUCCCUACAACGCCAAGGGAGAUGCUUUGAUCGGCAUGAUGCCUCAGCUUCCUGAUGGGUUUGACGAGGUUGUGGUUGGCGGUGUUUCGGAGCUGGAAGCAUCUGGAAAGUGUGUUGUGGGGAAGGGUGGCCCUGAGGAUGUGGCCGUUGCUAGGGACAAGGUGGUGACUAGAGGUGAUGUUGUGGAUGCAGACAAGGGCGAGGGGGCGGACUGCUUGGAUGGGAACCAAAGCACUUAGGUUUUUGAGUUUUAUCAAAAUCAAUUACAGAUUUUGUA